AUGUUUUAAGAGUAUAAAAAUUUUUAAAGUUAAUUUUAAAAUAAGAUAGAUUAUUAUAUUAAAAUAUUAAAAAAUAGAAGUAUUAUAUUAAUACUAGAAUUUAUCAAUUCUAUUUUUUUAAAAGAAUAAUAAUAAAAAAUAAAUAAAAAAAGGUUUGAUGUCAGAUAAGCUUUAAACGUAUGGUAUUAAAUAUUAGCAAAUAGAGAAGAACAACUUGUAAAUACAGAUAAUCGAGCUGAAUUUUCAUUAGGAAAAUUUACUCCAAUAGAAUUAGAAUGGGAUAAACUAAUGAUAAAUGCAACAAUAAAAGUUGGAAAUGUAUAUUUCUUACUAAAUAUAAAUUAGGUUAAUACAUAGAAGUGUUUGUUAAAUAAUCUUAAAGGAGUAAUGAAACCAGCACAUUUUACUGCAAUUCUUGGUCCUUCAGGAUCAGGGAAAACAACCCUGUUAAACUUUUUGUCAGGUCGUUUAAUAUCUGGUAAUUUAGAAAUAUCAGGAGAACUAAUGUUAAAUGGAAAAAGGAUAGACGAUAUCGAUAAAUUUAAUGAUUAAAUGGCUUAUGUUAUGUAAGAUGAUAUAUUGCUAGCAACAUUUUCACUUAGAGGUAAUUAAUAAUUGUAAGUAUAUUAGAGGCCUUUAUUUUUCAGCAAAUAUGCGUUUAACAAUAUCAGAAGAAGAAAAACAUUAAAGAGUAGAAGCUUUAAUUAGAGAGUUGGGUAUUACAAAAUGUGCAGAUACAAGAGUAGGAAAUACUUAAAUCAGAGGUGUAUCAGGAGGUGAAAGAAAAAGAGCAAGUAUUGGUGUAGAAUUACUUACAAAUCCAAGUUUGAUAUUUCUUGAUGAACCUACUACUGGUUUAGAUUCUUCAACUGCAUUAUAAGUUAUUGAUCUUUUAAAAAGAUUAGCAAAAAAUGGUAGAACUAUUGUUAGUACUAUUCAUUAACCAUCUUCUGAAAUAUUUAAUAAUUUUGAUAGACUUAUGCUUUUAGUUAGAGGAAACAUUAUCUAUUAAGGAGAUGCUGAAGAAGCUAUUAAUUAUUAUGGAAAUAUGGGAUUUUAAUGUCCCAAUUUUUCAAAUCCUUCAGAUUAUUUUAUGAAAUUAAUGAAUGAAGAGGGACUUUUAGUUGAAAAAAUAUAAGUAGGAGAAUCUGAAGAUUUCGAUGAAGCUAAAAUUAAAGAAGAGUUUGAAGAAAGACUUAAAUAAUUAUUAAUAAUUACUAUUCAUCUAAUAUGA